CAAUAUUUCUCCUCCUCCUCUGCUCCCCAUUCCUUUUUAACAUUUUACCCUCUCCUCAUUCGCCUAUUUACCAACAACCCCCUCUUCCUCUUCUUCAAUGGGAGACGUCGGCAAGAGAGACGAGGUCCUCCACAGCGAGAACGCUGCAAUGGUGGUUCGAGGGCUGAGAGAGAGCUUCAAUCUUGGAAAGACGAGGAGCUUCCAAUGGAGGAAGAAUCAGUUGGAGGGAAUUUUGAGGAUGAUCGAGGAGAGAGAGGGUGAAAUCAUGGAGGCUCUUUACUCUGAUCUUGCAAAGCCCCAAAUGGAGUCUUUUCUUCAUGAGAUCUCAAUGGCAAAAGGUGCGUGUAUGGUUGCUCUGAAGAAUUUGAAGAGCUGGAUGAAACCAGAAAAGGUUGGAACUCUACUUUCAACUUACCCAUCAACUUCAAGUAUCGUUCCCGAGCCUUUUGGUGUUGUGCUAAUCAUCUCUGCGUGGAAUUAUCCCUUCUUGCUAUCCAUUGAGCCAGUAAUUGGAGCUAUUGCAGCUGGUAAUGCAGUUGUCUUGAAGCCAUCAGAAAUUUCUCCGGCAACAUCAUCAUUACUCGCGAGGCUUUUACCUCAGUACACAGAUAACUUAUGUGUAAAAGUUGUCGAGGGAGCUGUGACAGAAACAACUGCUCUGUUAGAGCAAAAAUGGGAUAAAAUUUUCUAUACAGGCAAUGGAAGAGUAGGCCGCCUUGUGAUGGCUGCAGCUGCGAAGCACCUCACUCCAGUAGUCUUGGAACUCGGAGGAAAAUCCCCUGUUGUCGUUGAUUCAAACAUUGACUUAAAAGUUGCAAUGAAAAGAAUCGCAGUUGGUAAAUGGGGAUGUACCAGUGGUCAAGCUUGCAUAGCUCCUGAUUAUAUCAUUACAACAAAAUCAUUUGCUUCAAAAGUCGCGGAUGAGAUGAUAGCUACUGUACAGAAGUUCUAUGGAAAAAACCCUUUAGAAUCAACAGAUCUAGCUCGCAUUGUGAACUCAAACCACUUCGCACGCUUGUCAAAGCUCUUGGAUGACGAUUUGGUUUCUGGAAAAAUUGUAUAUGGGGGACAACGAGAUGAGAAACGCCUAAGAAUAGCUCCUACACUUAUGUUGGAUGUUCCAGAAGAUUCUCUGAUCAUGAGGGACGAGAUAUUUGGUCCGUUGCUUCCUAUUAUUACAGUCGACAAGAUCCAGGAUAGUUUUGACUUCAUAAACUCGCGAACGAAACCUCUUGCUGCGUAUCUCUUUACCAACGAUAAGCAGCUAGAGAAGAUGUUUGUGGAAAAUGUUUCUGCAGGAGGAAUGUGCGUCAAUGAUACAGUUUUGCACAUGGCGAACAAAAAUCUACCAUUUGGUGGGGUGGGAGAGAGCGGGACUGGUGCAUACCAUGGAAAGUUCUCCUUUGAUGCCUUUAGCCACAAGAAAAGCGUGUUAUCACGCAAUUUUGGAGGCGAAAUUGGUGCCAGAUAUCCCCCAUAUACACCGAGAAAACAAAAAAUCGUUAGGGCUUUGCUCAGUGGUGAUAUCAUAGGGUUGAUUAUGAUUCUAUUUUUCUCCAAAUCCUCUUGAUGAUGUUAGAGGUUUUCUUACAGUAGUGAAGAGAAAUGAUGGAUAUCAGAAAAAUAAUUACUCUUUGUUUGAAUGAAUGUAUCCUUCUUUUGGCACAAACCAUCUUUUUAUUUUAUUUUUAUUUUUUA